ACACAUGUUUCAGAUCACUUUGCUUGUUGGAUUAGGAGCAUCAAGACUUACUUUACUGGAUCUUACUCUAUACUUUCUGAAUUUUUUAGGGGAGACAUAAUCACUUACUGUUUAGCCAUGAUGGGAAUGAGGGUUUGCCCAUCGAUUGUACUCCUCAACAUCCUCCUCCUUCAGCUUCCAUUUGGACUUACUUCAAAGGGUACCAUAACCAAUGAUAAUGUUGGGACAAAUUUAGAACUAACCACCAUCAACUCCUUCUCGACUCCGUUUAUUAACGAAAACAGCACCAGCAGCAACUACACAGUCAAUAAUAGCAAACCACAAUGGCCAACAAAUGAAACAUAUCAGGAGAAAACCACAGUGUUGUCGGUACCAACGGACAUGGAUACAACCUCAUCAUCAUCAUCUUUACCAACAAUGAUGCAGGAAGAAGGAGACAUAUUGCCUACUACCAAAGCACCUGUUCCAUCUAUAACAGACUCAACUGCCUCUCCAUUGGAGCAAACCUCCACCCAUCUACCAGAAGAUGUUACUGUCCCGUUUGGCGUGGCAGGUGAUGAGGACUCAAUUUGGGAAUCAUCUUGGGAUGAUAGUCCAUGGAAUGAUGAGGGAUUGGCAGAUGAUCUACGAUGUAAAGCUUUCUGUAUUGUCAACUGUACACAGAAUGGGGUAAGUCUCAAUUUUUUAACAUUCAAAACAAUUAAAAGAAUAUAAUUUCUUGCCAUGUAUUUUUUAAGUUAUUGGAAUUAUUUUGGGGGUAGUAAUUAAUAUAACUUAUUUCAAUAUAAAAUUACAGACAUUGUUCAAUAGUGUGCAUUACUGAUCCCCUCAAUUUGGUAAUAAUUAUGAUAAUGGUUUAGAUUUCAGGAGUGUGUCAACUGUCCCAAGAUACUC